UUUUCUGCUUCUCUGAAGAUCGCCACUCUCUCAGUCUAAGAUCUGACACCGCUUCGAGAUUUUUCCUUUCAGAUCAUGAACAAACUAUAUGUUGGGAAUUUAAGUCCUUCGGUCACUGUCGAGGACUUGAAGCAGCUCUUUGGGGAGAGGAAGCUUCCAGUGGCCGACCAGGUCCUACUGAAAUCCGGCUAUGCUUUUGUGGACUUCCCCGAUCAGAACUCGGCCAUAAAGGCUAUAGAGACUCUUUCUGGUAAAGUUGAAUUACACGGAAAGGCGAUAGAGGUAGACUACUCUGUUCCCAAAAAACUAAGGAGUCGGAAGAUCCAGAUCCGGAACAUUCCCCCUCAUCUACAGUGGGAGGUUUUGGACGGCCUUCUAGCUCAGUAUGGUACUGUAGAAAACGUGGAACAAGUGAACACUGAUACAGAAACAGCAGUGGUGAAUGUUACGUACGCGACUAAGGAGGAAGCUAAAGUAGCCGUUGAGAAGUUGACAGGACAGCAGUUUGACGACUGCUCCUUUAAGGUGUCAUAUAUUAUGGACAUGGAUGCUGCUCCGCCCGUCGAGGCUCCUCGUGCACGCCGUGGGGGCCGAUCAUCUCGGGACCAUGGUGCUUCUCAGCCCGGGCCCUCAGGAGGCUCUGGUGCUCCACGCCCCAGACAACACGACUUCCCCCUGCGCAUGCUCGUGCCUACUCAGUUUGUGGGAGCCAUCAUCGGCAAGGAGGGCCUCACCAUCAAGAAUGUUACCAAACAGACACAGUCCAAGGUGGACAUUCAUCGGAAGGAAAAUGCGUGUGCAGCAGAAAAGCCCAUCACCAUCCACUCUACUCCUGAGGGCUGCUCCUCUGCCUGUCGCAUGAUCCUGGACAUCAUGCAGAAGGAGGCCAGCGAGACCAAGACGACGGAGGAUAUCCCUCUAAAAAUCCUCGCUCACAACAGCCUGGUGGGUCGGCUUAUUGGAAAGGAGGGCCGCAACCUGAAAAAGAUCGAAGAGGAGACAGGGACCAAGAUAACCAUCUCCUCGUUACAAGACUUAACCAUUUACAACCCAGAGAGGACCAUCACGGUGAAGGGCAGCUUUGAGGCGUGUUGUAAAGCUGAGGUGGAGAUCAUGAAGAAACUGAGGGAAGCCUAUGAGAAUGACAUUGCUGCUAUAAGUCAACAGGCCAACCUGAUCCCAGGCUUGAACCUGAGCGCUCUGGGCAUCUUCUCCUCGGGUCUGCCGGUGCUGCCCCCUGCUGCUGGAUCACGUGGUGCAGUGCCCCCUGUGGCACCAGCAGGAUACAACCCAUUCUUAAGUCACUCUUCACAUCUCAGUGGCCUGUACGGGGUUCCUUCAGCAAGUGCCAUCCCCCACCAGCACUCACAACAGGCUCCAGAACAGGAGGUUGUCUACCUCUUUAUUCCAACUCAGGCAGUCGGGGCCCUGAUUGGCAGGAAGGGCCAGCACAUCAAACAACUGGCCCAUUUUGCUGGAGCCUCCAUCAAGAUUGCUCCAGCUGAGAGCCCAGAUGUUACUGAGAGGAUGGUAAUCAUUACUGGAACUCCAGAGGCUCAGUUUAAGGCCCAAGGUCGGAUAUUUGGGAAACUGAAGGAGGAGAAUUUCUUCUCGGCGAAGGAAGAGGUCAAACUGGAGACGCACAUCAAGGUCCCCUCGAGUGCAGCUGGCAGGGUCAUCGGUAAAGGUGGUAAGACGGUAAACGAGUUACAAAACCUUACGAGUGCAGAGGUCAUCGUACCGCGGGACCAAACUCCAGAUGAGAACGAUGAGGUCUUUGUGAAAAUCAGUGGGCAUUUCUUUGCUAGCCAGACUGCACAGAGGAAGAUUCGGGAAAUCAUCCAGCAGGUCAAACAGCAGGAACAGAAACACCAGCAGAGCGCCGCUGUGUCACCGCACCACUCCAAGUGAUGAGCGGCUUCAGCGGGCGCCAGCCAAUGAAUGUAGCCCUCCCAGUACAGACAGAGAUCUACCCAGACAAAGGCCAAGGCCAACGGGGACAUGCAGGGCAGACCAGCAGCACCGGGAUCAAAACCAAAGAACUUCACUAAGGGGAAAACAAGUGAGAGCCAGAGGCUGAGGGCAUUGUGUGCACUGCCAGCCCUGAAAGAGCAGAGACUGGGAGAAACCGAACUGAUAUUUAAAAAAAAAAAAAAAAAAAGACCAAAAAGAAAAGGUGGUAAUGGCAGAGAAUUUGGAAACUGUUGUCUUCACAGUUUAAAAAAAGGUUAAGAGGAAAUAGGAUGUCACCCAGCAUAACGUUAUCUCUUUAGUUGGACUAACAUAGGCCUAACAAAUGGAUAAAGCACCUGUAUUAACACGAACGUAUGUAGGCAUUGCAAUUUAUAUUUUGGGUUAGAAAACAAGCAAAUGACAAUGAAUACCUUCGCUUACAUAAGUUUGAGAUACUCAGAUUGCAGGAUUAAAUAUCCUGAGCAGUAUUAGUACAAACAAAAAAUGUAUAUUGAUACACACUGAGAGUGUGCACUGUUAUUUUUCUAUCAAAAUGACAGUACGACUUGGUGUAGUUUUUAACAUUUUGCUUGUUCCAGACGUUGACUGGGCUGUGACAGCCACUAAAAGCGCUUUCCCAUGUUUGUUCACACUUUAGGUCACUGCAAUCAAAAAGAAAAACCCUAUAAGUAAAUACAGUGAAUGGGUCUGAGUCUUUGUCACAAGCCUGUGUGUGUGCCAACGCAAAAGAUAACGGCCCUUUGAAAUGUCUCUCACCAUUCAUAUCUGAUGCUACACUUUUCAAAAUUUCUUUCUUUUCUGUUCAUUUCUGCUUCAUUUUCUCUUCACUCUCUCUCAUCUCUCAUCUCAUAAUGUUGAACUGACUGCCACUUUUGCUCUACAGAGGUUAAAUGCAAGAGAGGGAUUUCUAAAAACCAGUUAACUGGUAUCACUCUCCCAUACUGUAUAGUGGCAGACAGAGUGUACCUACAUUCGUGCCUGUUGUCCUAAUAUGUAUGGGAAAAGAAUCGACAAGACGUCUCGAUAGACGUUAUCCUCAAUGAUCACAGCAAAAAAAUGACGUCUUAAACAAAACCUGGUGCACCUUUGCUUGUUAACAGGCGACCGGUUGUUUUGAAUGUGCACCGCCACACGCUUGGCCUUAUGAGGAUGUCAUGAGGGCCAACAGAAAAUGUGAGCUGAAGGCCCAGAGAGGGGACAGGGGCUAAGGGAGGGUGGGUGCAGACUUGAGGUGUGUGGAGUGGCAGUGAGUUUUGGGGUUGGAGAGUGGGGUUAGUUGGAGUAAGUGGGGGGUUUUCAGGGAGGCACCGUAUGACCUGUGGUACACACACAACUGCAAAACGUGACCACAGCCGCGUUUGGCUUUAACCCUGUCUUGUCAAGGAGCUUUGUAAAACGGCAUGACAGCUGUGAAUGUACAAUAUGCAGCCUUUUUAGAAAUAUCACCCCUGCCGUGUCCAGCAGGCCAGGCCAGAGGCACAGACACACAGAUUGUUACUCUCACUCUUGCUUUCUUCCAUUUAACUUCACUUUUUGUUGUUUUAUUUUGGCAAGCUGGCCAACUGCUCUGUAAACACACUGACACGCAGGCCCCCCUGUGUCCCUUUGUGAUUACUUUGGAGACCAUAGAAGCUUAUUGCCUUAUUUUGACACCUUUCAGAUAUCAUCCAUCAGCUUCUUCCAGAUGCAAGGUUAUUGCCAAUACGCACAUAUUCCUGUGUGUGUGUGUGUGUGUGUGUGCGUAUGAGUGUAUAAAAAAAGAGAGUAAUAUUUAUGAAUCUAUUUUUUUUCCUAUUUUGUGAUGAGAGCUAUUGAUAAGAAACAAAAAGAAAACAGUCCUUUUUUCCUCAGUGGGACACUGCCAUAUUAUUUUGAAGGGAAGUGUUUAUUUUCUUAAAGACUAGACUAUGAAUUAUAAUAUAAAUGAAAACCUGAAAAAAGGAGAGCAGUAAAGUGAAUGACCGUGCUAACUUUGGUCAGGAUGUGAACAGUGCGCAUGUCAUUAUUGUGAUCUACCUCAGGCUGCAGGGUACCUCAGUCCAAUCUUUCAUUUCCCCUUUUUUCACAUUUUGUAUGCCUUGUUAACUGAUCAUUUUCAGCAUUUUUAAUUUUCCUUUUUAAUGAAAAAAAAAAGAGCAAAGAUCUACAGAAAUCUCUAAACUCUUCAGGUCCAGUCAACUUGUGAAACUUUGUAAACCAUAGUCAAAUCUGUUGGACUGUCUUUGCCUGGAUGCCAAACAACCUCUUAAUGAUACAUGUCAAAGGUUUUUCCAAGUCAAAUUUUAUUUUUUUUUGGUAGAAAGGAAUGAAGAGCAGGAUUUAGAGGGUACAUACUGUGCCUGCCCGAAGUGGUUCUGAAUCUGGAUGUUGUGUACUGAUUUCACCAUCAGAGAAAGAGAAAAGGAUAUAAAUCAGUUGAUAGAAACUAACCAACUGUACCUCCUGUUUUCCCAACUGUACCUCCAGGUUUUUUGAGGCUUAAAAAAAAACUAAAUCAAUGUUUAUUCACUUGUGAACAAAUGAAUUUUAUACACCAACCCAGCUCAACCUUACCAGCUCUGUUUGAUAACUGCAUACUCUGGGGCUGAUUUGAAGACAUCUGCAAAAAUACACUGACAGGACUCUUGAACACAGUGUUAAACCAUAGCUUUCCGUGUAGAAUGUAGAACAACUUUAGCUAUUGAACUAUCUGUGUACGACAAGAACACUGUAUAUCUGUAAAUAUGUACAACAGAGUCACACGUACAGUAAAUGCAUUGUUUUCUGUCGCUCUAUAACACUUACCGGUCUGCACCUCCGUCGUGAGAGAUGGUGAGAGAAGUUUAGAGUCACAGCCUCCCCCCAAAAAAUGACCUCUAAAUGGUUUUUUCAUCAAUCUGCAAACAUUAUUUUAAUUUUUUUUAUGCUGUAUAUUUCUGAAUUACCUCUCAGAAUCCAAGGCUGAUUUUAGUUACUAAAACCAAUGUAGGGCAAAAAAAGAAUUAAAUAAAUGACAUAGUGAAAGUUAGUUUGUCUUUGGAAUUGUUUUAACUGUUGAGAGCUGGUUUUUCCUUUAGGAGGGCAGACUUUGGUCAUCAGAUGAGGUCCCAGUGAACACACACUAACAGUGCUACAGUAAAACAUAAGGGUCUAUCAAACUCACACAAUGCCUGAGGCUGUUCCAGCAAGCCUCCUACUGUACCUCAUGCCGAUGAGGAUAGCUCACCAGACCUGAUUAAUUAAUACUAACUAAUACUCUGACCCCUACCCGUAUUACGGUGCUUCAGCUCAGACGCAUGACUCCUGCACUGGAGUAGGGCAUACCGAAGUGGAAACGGCUUUUCAUAGCAGCACUGGAGAUUGCAGGUUGCCAGUCAUGGUUUGAUUGACUGUCAGGAAUUAUUUAGAGCAGUUUUCUUGCAUUGCAGUGAACUCUUCAGACCUCUGUCUCUUGUGUUUCUGGCUCUCUAUAAGCGCAGGUUUCUCUCUAGCUGUUCCGGUUUCAUGCCGCUGUUGUGAUCAGUGCAUCCUGGUUGUUGAGACAUCUGUAGGCCGACCGCAAUCUGAGGCAAAACUUAUCAAGAUGGUAGAAGACUUUUUUUUUCCUUUUAUUUCCAAGGAUUCUUGUUUCUAGGUUUUGUGGGGUGUUGCUAGGCAUCAAGUACCAGAAACCCACAAUUACACACAUCACAACAGUGAGGGUGUACAAUAUUGUUAGCCAUAUCACACAGCGGUUGGAUAGUUUAGUUUAUUUUGUUUUCUGGUUGAUCUUGGUUUCUUGUCUGUUACACUGAUUUAAUAAUGCAGUUACGUCUGGAGCAGUAGGUGGGAUGCUUUAAUAUCCAUUCCUGUUAGAUCACUACCAGUAAUACUAGCUGUUAAAAUGUGGUUGAAAAAUAUUCUAGCUAGGAUUUUGACUAUUUUUGGAAAUCAUAAUGGCAAAUAAAUUACAAGUAGAUAUGACUGACAAGCAGGAGGGCUGAGAGUAUCCAGGUAUGAAAAUAAAAUGUUCUGCCGUUGGGACUGAACAGCAAAGAGGGCAUUUAACAACCAUUCAAAAUGAAUGGAUUAGCUGAGGAUGGAUUUAGUAAAGUCUGGGCAGAUGCAGGCAGAACCACAACAGAGUUUUUUGUCCUGUCUUGUUAAAUGAGCAAACACAAAGCAUUGCAUGAGACUGUUGUAGGUGAUCCAGUAUGUACUACUACAUCAUAUAGCACUAGACUUUCAGCAGUGGUUUUACCUGAUGGUUUCUGAACUGCAUUGCACCAUUUGGGAGGUUCCUUUUGUUUCCUCAGUAGGUCACAACACUCAAGUCCUACAUUUCCUAUGGACCACAAGGUCCUAAACACCUCAAGGUAUUCAGUGGCUGUGCACUGGAAAGACAUAUGAUCUGUGUUUAAAUACAUCUUGUGGAUCCAUGCCUCUCUGGUAACAGCCACACUGUUAUUUUGAGUUGUGAGUGAACUGUAUUGCUGAGCAA